GAUUCUAAGUAUUUUGCAGCACUGGAUACUAUGUACUAAGUCGGAGGUGAAAAGUUUUUGUUUCUAUUGUUUUUAAAUAAAACAAAAAAGUGUAAAUGCAAAAUGGACUUGUACGACGACAUAGACGCAAAGCCGCGCGCUAGCCAAAUGGAUGGAUGGUCUUCGGGUAUCAAAAUGUUGCAAACACAGUUGGCAGUAAAGAAAGCCCAACUGCCAAAAUCCAAUGCGAGGGAUCCAAUUAAGAAACCGCUUAUGACACCUGUGGUGAAUUUGCGCACUAAGCGCAAUGCUGACGCGGAGAGUUUUGUGCCCGUGACUGUGGCUGCCAAGCCAAUUAUUACCAGCACCACAGUGGCGCCAGCUCCGGCGCUGGAGAGCAUAAAAACAGAUGAUUGGGAUUUUGUGGACGAAUAUGAUCCGCAAUGGCCCAACGAAUAUGAGAAACUUAAAGAUAAAUCCAAAAACAAUGACAAAGCGCGCAACAGUAACAGCAGCACCAAUCGAGGUGAGGACCGCGAUCGAGACAGAGACCGAGAACGUGAUCGCAAACGGAAUCGUGGUGGUGGACGCCGAGACACUCAUAAUCAUGAUAACUCCCCGCCAAGCAUGAAAUUCAGUGGAUUUAGCCAAAGACAAAGUGACGAGGACCGUUACAGUCCGCCAGCGCCGGGUUCUGUAUCCAAACAAGGUGGUGGCGCAGCCAUUGCGCCACCACCAUCUCUUUCCAUUGACAAUGGAGAUGGCUCUUCAAAUGUAACUAUACCAUAUACCGCCAGCUCGGUAGCGGCUAAGAUAAUGGCCAAAUAUGGCUUUAAGGAUGGCCAAGGCUUGGGCAAAUCAGAGCAGGGCAUGUCCGUGGCGCUGCAAGUGGAGAAAACGUCUAAGCGCGGCGGUCGUAUCAUACACGAAAAAGACGUUUUUCUACCACCACCCCCAUCAACAUCACCACCUCUCUCUCAGCUGCCUGCUGUGGCCGCAUCGCCUUCAGUCUCGAGUCCAGGUCCUGUUGCUGCUCCAGCUGGCUCGAUGCCACCGCCACCAUUGCCAGGCAGUGCUCCGACAGCUGCACCCCCAGCGGCCAGUGAGCCAGAGCCUAGCAUAACCGAAAUCAUGAAGGCACCCAGUAAAGUGGUGCUUCUUCGCAACAUGGUCGGACCAGGCGAUGUAGAUGAGGAACUCGAGCCCGAAGUCAAAGAUGAAUGCAACACGAAGUAUGGUGAAGUGAACAGUGUUAUCAUACAUGAAGCCUUUGGUACGGUGCCGGAGGAUGCGGUCAAAAUAUUUGUGGAGUUUAAACGUAUUGAGAGCGCCAUUAAAGCUGUUGUAGAUUUAAAUGGACGAUUUUUUGGUGGACGUCAAGUGCGUGCUGGAUUUUAUAACUUUGAUAAAUUUAAAAGUUUUCAAUUAAAUUAAGUCAAUAAAAAUAGUUUGGUAUAAAGUUUAUUUGUAGUUUAAGCAAAGCGCCCUCUAUUUGUUUUUGUUGUAUUUAUUCCGCACACGAGAUUUAGUU